GGCGGGAGCAUCGCGCGCCGAGCUUUUGUGUUCCGAGUCUAAUAUCUCACAUAUCAAUAAUUCAGCGCGAGAGAAGACGGACCGCGCGCUAUGUAUUCAACUGUGUGUCGACUCAACAAGGGCCUCGCUCCACUUGUGACCGUUUAUUCGUACCCCAAGUGAGGUCAGGGGAAGAGGCGCACAAUCUGUGAGAAAAGAAGUAAACUGAUAGGAACAGCAGAAAUUGCCUAAAAAAGAGGGGAAAUACACAUCCAACAUUCCGCUUCUGUCAUUUUUCAAGACUAUCCAAUUGCUUGGCUUCGUCAUACAGGCAUCUUAAGAAGAGAACUUAAGUGUACGAUUGUUUUGGUCCUGGGUUUUGAGGUGCAGAUUGAAGUUGCCGUGAUGCUGCCGUUUCUGCUGGGCACGUUGUGGCUGGCGUCGCUGGCCAGCGCACAGAAUGAAACUGAACCCAUCGUACUCGAGGGGAAAUGUCUAGUGGUCUGCGACUCGAAUCCAGCGUCCGAUCCAACCGGGACUGCACUUGGAAUAUCGGUGCGUUCCGGGAGCGCAAAAGUGGCUUUUUCUGCCGUCAGAAACACCAACCACGAGCCAUCGGAGAUGAGCAACCGGACGAUGGUCAUCUACUUUGAUCAGGUGCUUGUGAACAUUGGUAAAAAUUUCGAUGAAGAGAAGAGCUAUUUCAUCGCUCCACGGAAAGGGAUAUAUAGUUUUAAUUUCCACGUAGUGAAAGUCUAUAACCGCCAGACGAUCCAGGUAAGCCUGAUGCUGAACGGCUGGCCGGUGAUCUCGGCGUUUGCGGGCGACCAGGACGUGACACGCGAGGCGGCCAGCAACGGCGUGCUGAUGCAGAUGGAGAAGGGCGACCGCGCCUACCUCAAGCUGGAGCGCGGCAACCUGAUGGGCGGCUGGAAGUACUCCACCUUCUCAGGCUUCCUGGUUUUCCCACUGUAGAGGAGGACGGAACGAGCAGGAACGACGGAGGAACGGAGGGAGAGGGAGAUGAUGAUGAUGAUGGAGGGAGGCAUGGAUGGAAGGAUGGUGGAAAGAUGGAUGGAGGAAGAGCCACCUGGAUGAAGGACUAUUGCUUCUCAGCACGCUGGCUUGAGAAAAAGUGGAGAGGGAGAGAGAGAGAGAGAGAGAGAGAGGCGGGGGGAGAGCGAAUGACAAAGAGAAUAAUGAAAGUAGUGUAUUUAGAGAGUGAGAGGGGGAGAGGAGAGGCAGAUGUAAAGAUUUGUGUGUGUGUGUGUGUGUG